AUGACCAUUUGUGCUCAAUAUAUUAAAAUAAAUUUUUACUAUAUUAAGAAAGAAAUCAAGUGUCCACCAGCAAUCCAUUCAAACAAUAUGGUAAAUGCUUACAGAAUUGAUUUUGACAAUCCGCCGACUGAACAUAAUUGUGAAUUAAUCACUGAGGAACAAACACCUGUUGACAAUUAUGUAUAUUUCUUGGAUAAUUAUCAACAAGAUGUUGACCAGAGAAUGAAAGAAAUUUUUGAUGAAGAAAAUGCAGAAGAGAUUCCUCAAGAUUGGAUUACUGUACGAGGCCCGAAGCCCAAUAGACGAAAUAAAAAGGCAUCUUCAUCACAUCCUCAGAAAUUUACAGUUUAUUCAAGUGAAGAUUCGGGAAAUCAUUGUGAGAAUUUUAGAUAA